UCCGACCCACAUCCCCCGCCUUUUAUUUCUUCGCCCCUAUCACACACACACACACACACACACUCAUCUCCUUGAUUCUCUCCUCUCCCCUUCACUUUCACACAGUCAAAUCAUUUUCACUCUCAAAUCCAAAAAAUGCAAAUCCCCCAUCCCCACCCCUCCACCCCCAUCUCCGACGCCUUCGUCCACAAGCGUGGCAAAAAACGCGGUAGCUACAACUGCGGCCGAUGUGGGCAACCCAAAAAAGGCCACGUUUGCCAUAUCUCUAAGGACCUUAAUGAUAAUAAUCCUACUGAAGUUCCUACUCCCCUGCCUAGCGAAUCCAAAUCCUUUGUUCUCCCUUCUCCGCUCUCUGUUAUUCGUCCUCAGCAACUUCUGCCCCCGCCACAUCAGCCACUUCCCCAGCUUCGGCGAGCGCUUUCUUUCGAUGACGUCGAUGUCAGCGAUGUUGAGUCGCCUGGAUCGGAUGAUGAUGACGUGGAAUGUUUGGAUCUGGAGAAUGAGUUGGAUUUAGGUGGGUCCGGGAAGUUACCAGCGAGUGCUUUGUGGGAAGUGCUUAAGAGAUUGCCUCCAUCAGCGCUGCUUUCUGCGGCGAAGGUGUGCAAGGGUUGGAGGGAUGUUUCUAGAAGGAUCUGGAAGUCGGCUGAAGAGCUUCGACUUGGAGUUCCUGUGAAAGCUCAAAUUGGGCUUGUUGGAUCGGUGUUGCAGAAGUGUCCUGGACUUGUUAAGCUUUCACUUAGAAUGGAAAGUGAUGUGGAUGCAACAAUGUUGGCCUGCAUUGCAUUCUCCUGCCCUAAUCUGGAUUCAAUGGAGAUUCUUACUUCAGAUACCUCAGUUAAUCGGAUCACAGGGGAUGAAUUAGGCCGUUUUGUUGCUGACAGAAGGUGCCUUACCAAUCUCAAGAUGGAAGGCUGUUCAAAUCUUGGGCCCUUUACUCUUUCUUCAACCAGCCUUUCCACUCUUUGCCUUUCGGAUCUCUUUUGUCACUCUAAGACGGUCUUCAACUGCCCCAAUUUAAAGGAGAUUUCCCUGGAUUUUUCUCGCCAAGAGAAGGAUACCACUGAUCUUACUGCUAUGGUAGAUGGUUUUGGAAGGAGCUGCCCAAGACUACAGAACAUUCAUGUUGCUUCUGUUCGGCUUACACAUGCUGUUGUGCUUGCUCUAACAGCAGCAAAUUUAAGGGGAUUACGAAUGCUUUCCCUUGUACUAGGGUCAGAAAUAACUGAUGCAUCUGUCGCUGCUAUUGCUUCGAGCUACUCAAGGCUUGAGUUACUUGAUUUGAGUGGGUCUAGUAUUAGUGACAGUGGCAUUGGGAUAAUAUGCAAUGUAUUUCCAGAGACAUUGUCUAAACUUCUCCUUGCUCUUUGUCCAAAUAUCACUUCAAGUGGCAUUCAAUUUGCAACAGCUCAGUUGCCUAAUCUAGAGAUAAUGGACUGUGGAAUGACCAUAUGUGAUCCAGAUUUAGACAGUCCAACAACUCGGGAAAAUGAUAAUGGCGAGUUACAAAGAACACCGAUUAGUAAAAUACACCUUAUAUAUCAGAAACUGAUUAUCAAACACAGCCGCUUAAAGAAACUCAGCUUAUGGGGUUGCUCUGGCUUAGAUGCAUUAUAUCUAAAUUGCCCAGAGCUUAAUGAUUUGAACCUGAACUCUUGUACAAACUUGAAUCCAGAAAGAUUGCUACUUCAAUGCCCCAAUCUGGAAAGUGUGCAUGCAUCAUGCUGUCAAGACACAUUGGUUGAAACUCUUCAGAAUCAGGUUUGUGGUGAUUUUAUGGCUGGAGAGAGUCAUUUUCCAUCCAAACGUCUUCCUGAUGGCUCAAAAAGGAUCAGAGUUCCUCACUUAUUCAGCCCCCAGCCAUUUGAUGAUGAGAAGAGAAAGAGAAGGAUUUCAAAGCAACGGUGCUCGGUGCUUGUUUAUUAGUCAAAUACUAGUCUUGUACUGGCUUUUGUUGAACUCUAGGCCAAUUGUCCAUUAUUUGUUAUAUAGUGAUCUUAGGCUAAGGCCUGAUCAUGUAAUUUUCAUUGAUUAAAUUAUACUCAAUGUCAAUACAGGGAUUGUAUUCCCUCUUAUCAAUAAAAAGUACUUGGCUCCGGGAACUUGUGAUCAAA